GCUGAAUUCGAAUCACAAACCAAAUCAAAUCAAUUCAAAGAACGAGCUGUCGACUCUCCAAUCCAGUUCUUCAAUAAAAUCUCUCUCUCUUCUUCUGCAUCUAUAGCAUAAAAGUCUGUAAAUAUUGAUGUGUGUAUAUACAUAAUUCAAAUUCAAUCCCCAUCGAUCGAUUUGUGAAUGGAAGCGAUUAGAAAACAAGCCUCUAGACUCAGAGAACAGGUCGCUCGUCAACAGCAGGCCGUUCUGAAGCAGUUUGGGGCAGGGGGAUAUGGAGGUUCUGACAAUGUUUUGAAUAAUAAUGGCGAGUUCCAGAAGCAUCAGAAACUUGAGAAGCUUUACAUAUCCACUCGUGCUGCCAAGCAUUUCCAACGGGACAUUGUUCGUGGUGUUGAAGGUUAUAUAGUUACCGGGUCCAAACAAGUUGAGAUAGGAACUAAGUUAUCAGAAGAUAGCAGGAAAUAUGGUGUUGAUAAUACGUGUACUAGUGGUCAUACCUUAUCCAAAGCUGCCACCAGUUUUGCACGAGCUCGUGCUCAAAUGGAGAAGGAACAUGGAAAUCUUUUAAAAGCCUUUGGCACACAGGUUGCAGAACCAUUAAGAUCGAUGGUAAUGGGAGCUCCUUUGGAAGAUGCUCGUCAUCUUGCUCAACGAUAUGAUAGAAUGCGACAAGAGGCUGAAGCUCAGGCUGUUGAAGUUUCCCGGAAACAAGCAAAACUAAGAGAAGGAACUGGCACACCUGAAAUGGCUUUGAAACUAGAAGCAUCUGAAGCUAAAUUGCAAGAUCUGAUGUCCAAUGUUGCUACAUUAGGGAAAGAGGCUGCAGCAGCUAUGGCUGCUGUAGAAGCUCAACAACAAAGGUUGACACUGCAACGAUUAAUAACCAUGGUUGAAGCAGAAUGCGCAUACCAUCAGCAAGUUCUUCAAAUACUCGAUCAGCUGGAAGGCGAAAUGAUGUCAGAGCGCCAAAGAAUUGAAGCAGCUCCUGCCCCAAGCUUGGACAAUAUGCCUCAACCUCCAUCCUAUGAAGAAGUAAAUGACAUAUCUACUACACCAGUGCAAAAUGGGUCAACCAAUGGCAUGGGUUACUUUCUUGGCGAAGUCAUGUACACAUAUCAAGCUGAAUCUAGCGUGGAGCUUAAUUUGUCAGUUGGAAAUUAUGUCGUCGUUCGGAAGGUCUCAAACAAUGGUUGGGCUGAAGGUGAAAGCAAAGGCAAGGCCGGCUGGUUUCCAUUUGGAUACAUUGAAAGACGGGAGCGUGUUCUUGCAAGCAAGGUAGCCGAAGUUUUCUAAACUGUUGUGCUAAUUUUGUUUGCAGUUCUGUAUCCCAUGACACACACACACACACACACACACACACACAUUGUUGUCCAGUACAUCCCACUUGUCCGCACCUGUUGUGUUACAUAUUAAUAACUAUCUACCGUUGGUUCUUAACAAUUGCUGAAUAGCCUGUUAUUGUGUUUUUGUGCAAUUUUGGUUAUUAAAGGUUUUAUCUUAUGUGGAGA